AUGGCUACUUCCGAAGUCAAUAAUGCUAAAAGGCAAGACAGCAACAGUCAGGGAGAAAACAACAACGACGACCAAGGCGAAAACGAGGGAGAAAAUGAUUCCUGUGACGUCAGCGGUAAACAACCUCAUAUUGUGGUGGUAUUGAUUGAUGACGCGGGUUGGAAUGACGUUGGUUGGAACAAUGACUUCAUGCCAACACCAGUGUUGAAUGAACUUGCGUAUAAUGGUGUUAUUCUUAAUAACAUAUAUGCACAACCACUUUGUACUCCUUCACGUAUUGCGCUGUUAACUGGUAGAUAUCCAGCAAACGUCGGUAUGCAGCACUUUGUGGUUCUACCAUCGCAGCCUUAUUAUUUGCCUAGUGAAUACUCUACACUGGGUGACAAACUGAAAGAGGUCGGUUACAUGAACCAUGUUGUUGGAAACCAACCACCGAUAUUUACUGGUAUAGACUUCAGAGACAACACCGGAGUGGUCACCCACCAAAAUGGAACUCACAAUACGUUUUUAUUUAGCGAAAGGGCAGAGAAAAUUGUUAGAAAUCACAACCCUGCUUCACCACUAUUUCUAUACGUUGCGUAUAUGGUACCCCACUUCCCUAUCCAAGUUCCGGCUGGAUUUGAAGAAUCUGUACAAGUCGAUGACGCUAACAGGAAAGCUUAUGCUGGCAUGAUGGCAGCUAUGGAUCAAGGUGUGGGUAACAUCACACAGGCCUUGAAAGACACUGGUAUGUGGGAUGAUACACUGUUUGUAUUCCUCAGUGACAAUGGCGGCGAUGACGUAUUUGCUGGCUCGAACUAUCCGUACAGAGGGAAUAAAGGCUCGACGUUUGAGGGCGGUAUGAAAGUGCCCGCAUUCUUCCACGGCAGCAUGUUGCAAGACCCGUCAACUGUGAAUAACGAGUUAUACCAUUUCACCGAUGUAUUUGCAACUUUAGUGAGCGUUGCCGGAGGAGAGUUAGAGACGGACAUUGAUGGGGUGAAUCAAUGGGAUAGCAUCUGUCGAGGCGAACCUUCAAAACGUUCAGACAUUCUUCUGCACUACGACACACACCCUGACACCACCGGCCUAGCUUAUAGAAUGGGAGACUACAAAUACAUUGAAGGCAUCACAACCACAUGGCCGUUCAGACGUUUUUCCAACGACCUAUUUCAUUUUGAUCAAUGGUUUCGUCCUGCUGAAAACCCCAGUGCUCCAAUACCUGAUGCGCCAUUUAUUACUGAAGAUGAAAAUAACAGAUUUCUGUUUAACUUAAAAGAUGAUCCAUUGGAAACCAAUAAUCUGUACUACGAUCCGGAUGAACAGAAUGUUGUUAUUGAAAUUGAGCAGCGUCUCGAGGAAUACAGAGCUAGUAUCUCUCCGAUUUGGUAUCCAGGCGCGCUGGACCCGAGAAGUGACCCGGCUAAAUUCGGUGGUUUUUGGACACCAGGGUGGUGUUAA